AUGCACAAAGAUCAACUCCUCCUCCUUCUCCUCCUCCUUCUCCUUAUUCUACAGCCGCGUUUUGGUAUCCCCCUCGAAAUUAAUCGAUGUACAACCUCUUGUGGUGAGGUCGCAAACAUUAACUACCCAUUUCGAGUGAAGGGCGACCCCAAGGACUGCAGCGACCGUAACUUUGAGCUGGCCUGCAUAAAUAACCGCACCGUCCUAGAUUGGAAAUUGGGCCAGUACUAUGUACACUCCAUCAACUAUAACAACCGCACGAUUACGGUCACUGAUGUCGGGCUGCGGAAAGGCAAUUGCUCGUCUCUUCCUCUCCGCUCACUCUCUCUCGCCGACUUCAAAUACAUCCUGCAUGGGGAUGGGUAUUAUCACACAGAAUACACACUCGUCGCAGUGAUCGUGGGCUGCAUGAAGGCCGUCAAUUCUCCGCUUUACAUCGACACUUCAUCGUGCCUUGAUGGGCUUCCAUUUUCGAAUUUCUCAAGCACGGGAAGGCGAUUAUAUGCCAUGGUCAAUCCGAUUGUCUCGUCUGUGGAAACUGCAUGCACUGUAGAGUUUGUGGUAGUGAUAGAUUGGUGGGCUGAUGGCAAUGAUCUUCGUUCCUAUGCGCAAAUUCACGAACUUAUGGUUGAUGGGUUCAAGCUUUAUUGGGUUCUUGGAGUUCCGCGCACCUUGAAAGGAGGCAUCCGCGAUUACCUCUCACGGAUCGCCCAGCCUAUUUAUUGGGGCCCGCUCGCGCUCACUGGGAUCGAAACAUUUAACACACCCACAGUGUUUUCGUGCAUGGUUGUGAAAUUCAUCUUGGGAGCCCCAUGCGUGCUGACGUUGCUAGUAUGCAAAUGGAGGAGAAGACACUUAGCAAUGGAUCAAAAUGUUGAGGAAUUCUUGCAGUCCAAUAAUAACUUCUUGCCGAUAAGGUACUCUUACUCGGACAUUAGGAAAAUCACAGGCGGCCUCAAGGACAAGCUAGGUGAGGGAGGGUACGGUUCCGUGUUCAAAGGAAAGCUCCGGAGCGGCCGCGAGGUGGCCGUCAAGAUUUUGAAGAAGGGGAAAACGAACGGGCGGGACUUCAUCGGCGAAGUGGCUACCAUCGGAAGAAUUCACCAUGUUAAUGUGGUUGGACUCAUUGGUUAUUGUUUCGAGGGCUCCAAACAAGCUCUUGUCUACGAUUUCAUGCACAAUGGGUCUUUGGACAAGCAUAUUUUCUCUCGAGCGGAAGGGACUUCUCUUGGUUGCCGGGAAGUGUACGAGAUUGCUCUCGGAGUAGUUAGAGGGAUUGAAUAUCUUCAUCGAGGAUGCGAUGUACAAAUUCUACACUUUGAUAUCAAGCCUCACAACAUUCUUCUUGAUAGGGAUUUCACCCCAAAAGUUUCCGACUUUGGGCUCGCAAGAUUGUAUCCCACGGACCACAAUACCGUGACUCUGACUGGUGUGAGAGGAACCUUGGGAUAUAUGGCUCCGGAGCUGGUCUACAAGAACCUUGGGGGCGUCUCUUACAAAGCGGAUGUCUAUAGUUUCGGCAAGUUGUUGAUAGAAAUGGCCAGUGGAAGGAAGAAUUGGGACGCGGUUGUAGAGUGUUCCGGUCAAACUUACUUCCCUUUGUGGGUUCAUGAGCAACUUAGCGAAGGAUUGGACAUCCCGUUGGAGCAAGCUAGAGAGGAGGAUAGGAGAACAGUAAAGAAGAUGAUAACAGUUGCUCUUUGGUGCAUACAAUGGAGUCCUGGCGACCGCCCUUCGAUGCGCAAAGUCUUGGAAAUGCUGGAAAGAGAAGCAGAUGAUCUACAAUUACCUCCCAAGCCACUCUUUUAUCCAACAGAAGUGUCGACAAGAGAUGAUGGAACUUGGACUGGGGAAGGCAAUGAUAUGACAUCCACUCCAUCAACUAGUGCAAUGACUUAUGAAGAUUCUCAUCUCGAGGAUACUAGUACCGGCAUUGCACAAGUAUAG